CGUCACACAGGCACACUUCUUCUCACUCUUCUUUCUUCCUGCUGUUAUUUCAGUGUGAAAGGAGUGCGUAACCCUGUUCAGACUGUCUUCAGGAGAUGCGUUAUGAAUGCACUUUAGAGUUGAGAAAGUGUUGGAGGUGCAGGUCAGAGGUUCUGUGUUUCAGUUUUCAUUUGAGAAAGUGUCAUGCCGUGUAGAAUUGGGGUUAAAGGAGCCCAGAGCAGUCUCAUUGUAAGAAAAAUAAUCUUAAAACACAAAUUUCUGAUUAAGUAAAAUAGAAUGAAUUGUUGUGAAAUAUGACAUCACUUCUCGAGAUUUUAAACAUCACAAAUUCCAUUUACAUCAUGGGGUGUAAACUCACGUGUAUAUUAGGGGAUGGUUUUAUAUUAUCAAACUAAGAUUUACUAUAUUUUGUUCCAGUGUUUUAGGACACACAUAUGCCAUAUAUUUGGGCAUACUUUUUUUUAUUUUUUUUUUAAAUGCAGUAGUUUUUAGUCAGCUUUAAUGCUUUCAAUAGAAAUUGUGAGAAAUUUGCUAAAAUUGUGUUAAAAAGCCAUAAAGAGAUUAAAAGGUUAGCUAUAAGUAAUGGAUACAUGACAAAUGAAAUAGCCAAAACGCAUGGCUAAAAAUGGGUCACAUUUUUACCAUUUUUUUGUUUGUUUUUCUAAAAGUAAUGGUUAAAUGGUUGAAUUUUUUAAAAGUAAUAUAGAAACGGUGGAAGUAAAUGUCCAAAUAUAAUAGAUAUAUGAUUUAAUUGUUUAGAUGUAAUGGUUUUAUAAAGUGGUUAGCAACUAAAUUUGAACCCAACUGAACAACAAUAUUAUUGCAGCAAAACAAUUUUGUGUCAUUAGCAGUGAGAGUAUAAUUGCAUUGAAUACAUUUGGAACAGGCAGGGUGUUUUCAUAAAGGGCACUUGAACUGAUUUACUGUUUGUAGUUACACAUCCAGAAAAGAAGUGAUUAAGAAGUGACACACUGUCCUCUUCUGGCAACAACAUCAUCAAAGUGAAUAGUGGUUGACCCGUUUUAAAGUUUGAAAAUGUGGGAAAAAAAUUAGAUUUUCACAGUGAAACGUCUGAUGUCCACAUUUUCAACAUUUUUGGGAAAUCUUUGAACAUUUUUUGGUGGACAAAAGGAAAUGUUAAAAAUGUUUCAUAAGAACAUUAACAAAAAAAUCAACCAAAAUCGAAUUUUGCAGGAUUUUUGUUGAUUUUUCUGUGAAUGUUCUUAAAGAAAAUAUUAGAAGUUUUACUGAUAUAUAUAUAAUCACUUUAGAUAUUUUUAGGAUUUUUUGGAAGAUUUUAAAUUAUUUUUUGGAAAAUAUUUACAAGAAUUUUCUUGACAAAUUUGCGGGAUUUUUUUAAAAUAAAACUUUUAAGGGAAACUUUUAAGGAAUUAUUGGAAUUUUCUUCCUGAAGGUUUUGUAAAUUUUCAGAAAUUUGGGCAAUUUUUUUGCAGAUUUUUUUUUUUUCAGACAAGGAAACAAUAUUUUUUGGUGCCCAUAAACGAGGACAACAGGAGGGUUAAACAUCCCUUCUAAAAGCCUCCUACUGUGGCGUCACCACCUCUGACUGCAAAGCCAUAUAGUCCAUGUAUUAGCCCGUUUAAUUUUGUGUAUGUGCAGCUUUUAUUCACCGUUUCAAGGUCGUGUUGACUUCCACAUCAAAGCAGAAUAAGGCAUGCUUUAACAGGCUGAAAAGCAUUGGAAGAGGCAGGGACAUGAAUGAAAUGGAUCAAAAUGAGUCUAGGAAUCAAAAUGAAAACAGAUGGAACAGAGUUGUCUGUUUUGGAUUUAUAGGGAUGGAUUAAAGAAGUGUGUGUGUGUUUGUGUGUGUGUGUGUGUGAGUGUGUGUGACAUGCUUACAGUUGUGCCUGACUGCCGGGGUGGGAUCAUAAAGACUGACAGUCACGGUGCCUGCAGAGGUCAGUGUGAUGGCCAAAAUCCUCCGUCACUCUCACUAUCUGAUGAAGAGUGAAAGGCAGCGGAUUUUUACUUUCACCUUCCGCACUUACCUCAAUGAGGGGGGCUGAGGACGACGUGAGAAGUAAGAGAGGCUGAAGUGGCCCGACCCCCUCAUUUGACCCUUGCACGAUGGCGUUCCUGCAGCAGAUGCGUUCCCCUCGUUUUUCCUUCAUCCAGACGGUUGUGUCGCUCCUGCUGAGCACCGUGGCCCUCAUGUCCUCCUACUGGUGCGUGGGGAAGCAGAAGGUGCCCAAGCCGCUCUGCUCGCCCACCAAGCACAGCAACUGCAUCCCAGUUCCCGGCGUGUCCAACUCCUCCAGGAUCCAGUUCUUCUGGGAGACCGGAGACGACCGCUUCGUCUUCCCCACCUUUCACACCGGCCUGUUCAUCACCUGCGAGGAGAACAUCUACACAGACGAAUGGGAGGAGAAGUGCCGAGGGUUUCACACUUUGACUCCACGGUGCGAAAAAGCAAUGAUGUGGCUUUCGCUGUCACUGGAGCUCACGUAUAUCGGUCUGCUGUUGAUCAGCUGCAUACUGCUGUCUGUGCAGUUGUGCAUCAGGGCCUGGUUCCCCUCUACGCAGCGCUGGGGGCAGCUGCUCAACGCUUUUGCAGCUGUUUUUACCGUCCUGGGAGGUCUGCUCGGGAUGGUGGGUCACAUGAUGUUCAUGCAGGUGUUUCAGACCACCGUCUCAAUGGGGCCAGAAGACUUUAAACCUCACAGCUACGGCUACUCCUGGGCUUUCUACGUGGCCUGGUUUGGCUUCACCGUCUGCAUGGCGGCCGGCGUCUCCACCCUGAACAACUACACCAAAAAGGUCCUGAUGGUGGGUCCCAGGCGUAACUCCGGACUCAAGCCCUGCAGCUUUAACUUCAUGGGCCUCCUGCCGCCGGCUCCUUAUUACACCCCUCCAACCCCAGGUGUCACCCUGGUCCCUCCCCUGUCCCCGCCUCGGAUCUCCCAUUUGUCCCCGUACUACGAGCCCCCUUCAGCAGAGUUAAAGCCCUCCACUCCAAAGCUCACGCACUCCCACUCCCUUCCUCUCCCCCACUCUGACUCUUGCCCUCCUCCGCCCUCCCACCACGCACCCGGAUCGCCAUUCCACCGUCUCUCCCUGCCGUCGCCCUUGCCUACGCCGUCGGCCUCCGUCUAUAUGACCCUGCCGCCACACCAGGAGAAUCAUUACGAGAGAGAAGAGGAUUACAGCCCGCUUUGAACUGUUCAUUAAGGCUGGAGUCAGUUAGCAGAUAUACAUCAAUCUGAGCAAACUGGUUCAACCCUUUUAACCUCAUAACCUACUGCCUGGUUUAAGAGACGCUUUUCUCUUGAAUAAUAGCCAAAAUUACGUAAUUUACAGAAAAACUCCUCAGAUUUCCAGCUUUUUGACAGCCUACCAACAUUUCCAUCAAGAAAACUAAUCAAAAUUACAUCUAGUGGAUAGGAGAUGACAAGAGGGGAAAAUAACACAGACUGGAUCAGUUUUUAAAAAAUGCAACAUGAUUUUAAAAACUGUUGUUAGUAAAGAUACAAUAAGCAUUACUUUUUUUCCACCUCAAUUUUUGGAAAACAAUAAUUAAAGAAUUUCAACUUUU